ACCGAUAUUACCUUCUCUCUCCCUUUCCUAACUCAACCAUGGUUAACUAGCACACCACUUUAUCCUACUGGGUAUUCCUCCAUUAUACACACAUCAUAUCAUACUCAUCAAAAAAACAAAUAAUCACGCUCUUUCUCUUUCUUGUAGUAGAAAUUUCUCCGCCGCCACGUUCUGUUCACACCACCACCGCCCGAAAACUUUCUCCGCCGAUUCACCAUCCCGCCGGAAACACUCUCUACACAACUACUACACCUCUCCAUCACCAAAACAAAAUCAUUCAUCAUUCAUUUUCAAUAAAACCAAAACUUCAAUGUGUUCAUAAUAAUAACUUCAUUGAAUUGAUUCAGCUUCUACGAUGGAAGAAUCUCACAGAAAUCCUCCAUCAAUGCCACCACUUUCCACCACAUCGCCACCGCCAAAAAAGAAGCGAAACCUCCCUGGAAUGCCAGAUCCAGAUGCUGAAGUAAUCGCUUUAUCUCCGAACACUUUAUUAGCAACAAAUCGUUUCGUUUGCGAGAUCUGCAACAAAGGAUUCCAACGCGAACAGAAUCUGCAACUUCACCGGCGAGGCCAUAACAUGCCGUGGAAGCUCCGGCAGCGAGGGAGUAACGAAAAUCGCAAGAAAGUGUAUGUUUGUCCUGAACCUUCCUGUGUUCAUCACAAUCCGGCAAGAGCGUUAGGUGACCUCACCGGCGUGAAAAAGCACUUUAGUAGAAAGCACGGCGAGAAGAAGUGGAAAUGUGAACGUUGUUCGAAGAAUUACGCUGUGAAAUGUGAUUGGAAAGCGCAUAUGAAGUGUUGUGGAAGUAGAGAGUAUAAAUGCGAUUGCGGCACUUUGUUCUCUAGGAGAGAUAGUUUCAUUACGCACAGAGCGUUCUGUGAUGUUGUGGCGGCGGAUGAGAGUGGCAAAGGAGGUGGCAAUGUUGUUGACGCGGUGGUUUCUUCUCCGGCGACGGCUCCGGUGACUCCGUCAACGAUAUCUGCGGUGUCUCCGGCUUUGUCGUCUAUUCAGAGCUCAGAUAUUGCAGAAAACACAACAAGGCUGUCACCACCACCCUCUUCAAAUGCUAUCACUUCCACUUCUACUAGCUGUUACUCCUCAUUCAGCACUCUCAUGUCAAGUUUGACUCACUCAGAUUGCCCUGCAGCUUUCUCUGUCAAUGAACCCACCACCCUCUCACUUUUCACACCACUCUAUCUCUCCAACAACCAUGAUUACCCUGUUUCCCACUACAGCAAUGCAUCUCCACAACCUGCACUAUCUGCCACUGCAUUACUCCAUAAAGCUGCUCAAGUGGGUUCAUCUUCAUCUAAUGCAUCCUUGCUUCGUGCUUUAGGGUUGAAAGAAAACACUGUCAGUAGUAUUAACAGUACCACAACAGUACAAUGGAAGAAUGGUCAUGAUCAUGUAAAGCAAGAGAAUGAGCCUGUGGCAGAUUACCUUGGGCUUGGACUUCCCUGUGGGAAUGAAAUGAUAGGCUCAACAGGCCAGCCCAUGACCCGUGAUCUUCUUGGUUUAAGCAUGGGAUUGGGUAGAGGAGAUGAUAUUUCUGCAUUGCUCACAUCUUUUGGAGGGAACUUUGAUUCAUCCACAAAUAGAUGAGUUUAGACAAUUGAGUAGUGGCCCACCCCAGGAGUUUUUUGUGACUGGUAAAUCAGCCAACUCUCUUCUUUUUCUUUGGCAUCACUUGAGUUGGCUCUAGACAUAUAAUUGAUUCGAUUGUAAAAACUAGUACUUUUUGAAUAUUUAUAUGUAUAUAUACGUCUUUUUAGUUUGAUGUA